AUGCGUGCCAACUAUUUGUUAUUAUUAGCUGCCACAGCUGUUCAAGCUGCUCCAUUCAUUAAGAGAUAUGAAAACACUACUGCUCCAGCCAGUCAAUUGUCCACUUCAUUGGCUGAUGGUUCCACUACCAUUCUUGGUUCUUCAUCAUCCAGUGUUGAAGAAGAUGAAACCAUCACUUCCACUAUCGUUCAAUAUGUUACUGUCACUUCUUCUGACACCACUUACGUUUCUGCCACCAACACUUUGACUACUACUUUAACUACUAAACCAACCCCAGUUAUCACCACUGAAGCUGAAGAUGACGAAGAAGACAAUGAAACCAUUACUUCCACCAUCCUCCAAUACGUUACUGUUACUUCUUCUGACACCACUUACGUUUCUGCUACUAACACUUUGACUACUACUUUAACUACCAAAGCAGCCGAAGCUACUGAAUCCGAAGAAGAAGAAAACGAAACUAUCACUUCCACCAUUCUUCAAUACGUCACCGUCACUUCUUCUGACACCACCUACGUUUCUGCCACCAACACUAUAACCAGUGUUUUGACUACCAAAGCAGCAGUAUCUACCAACGACGUCAGUGAAAAUGCCAAGGCUGCUACUACUGAAGAUGAUGGUGAAACCACUACCUCAACCAUUACUAGUAUCGUUACUAUUACUGAUGCCAAUGGUAACACCGAAGUGUUGACCGAAGUUGCAGCUGAGACCAGUGGUGCAGAAGAUGCUUCCUACUGUGUUCCUACUACUGUCACUGUUACUGUCACUGCUGAACAAACUUCCGAAGUUGUUUCAACUAUUGUUCACACUACCCAAGUUCCACUUACUGCUGAAUUUACCCUUGAUGAUACCACUACUACCCUUACAUCUUGGGUCGACUUGACUUCUACAGAUCUCGUCACUAUCACUUCUACUUCAAGUGUCUAUGAUUCAUACUCAACUGGCGCUUCUCAAUCCCAUCCAAUUUCCUCAUACUCCAACUACACAAUUUCGGACUAUGCCCCACCAAUCAGUUCUUACUACUCUUUGUAA